UGUCCACAAAAUGUUACCUUUAACCAUUCAGCACCAAAAAAGAGAUUCAAGUUUAGAUUUUUAGCGUCUAAACUUGGAUAUAAUAUUUAUUGCCUUUUUAUGAGUAAAUGAUAUAUGUUUGAUCGUAGGUGAAAGCUGCUUAAAGUGGGCAUGAAUACUUCCAAGAAUGGCAAACCUUUCCUUUCCCAUGUGUAUAUAUAUAUAUAUAUCAUCCCAAGCUCACCAACCUACCCUUCCAACCUUAGUUGCAAUAUUUGGCUCAAAAUUCUUGUUUGUAAAGGCCACUGCUAUAGCUGAAAAGAAAAAAUGAAGGUGAGGGAGAUGGUAUGGUGGUGGUGGAUAUAUAUAGCAGUUGCAGUGCAGGCAAGCAUCAAGGGAGAAGACUAUGUGACGUAUGAUGGGAGAUCUUUAAUCAUCAAUGGCCAACGCAAACUUCUAUUUUCGGGUUCCAUUCACUAUCCUCGCAGCACCCCUCAGAUGUGGUCGUCUUUGAUAGCCAAAGCAAAGGAAGGUGGAGUUGAUGUGAUUCAGACAUAUGUAUUCUGGAAUUUACAUGAGCCUCAACCUGGUCAGUAUGAUUUCAGUGGAAGAUAUGAUUUGGUGAAAUUCAUUAAGGAAAUUCAAGCACAAGGGCUUUAUGCUUGCCUUAGGAUUGGACCUUUUAUUGAGAGUGAAUGGACUUAUGGGGGAUUUCCAUUUUGGUUGCAUGACGUCCCCGGUAUUGUUUAUCGAACAGAUAAUGAGCCCUUUAAGUUCUACAUGCAAAACUUUACUAGAAAGAUAGUAAACUUGAUGAAGUCAGAAGGUUUAUAUGCUUCACAAGGAGGCCCAAUCAUAUUAUCACAGAUAGAGAAUGAAUAUCAAAACGUGGAAGCCGCUUUCCAUGAAAAAGGACCUAUUUAUGUUAAAUGGGCCGCAAAAAUGGGGGUCGAACUUGAAACUGGUGUGCCAUGGGUGAUGUGCAAGCAAACUGAUGCUCCCGAUCCAGUGAUUAAUACAUGCAACGGUAUGAGAUGUGGGGAAACUUUCGGAGGUCCCAACUCACCCAACAAGCCAUCCAUGUGGACAGAAAACUGGACUUCUUUCUAUCAAGUAUAUGGUGGUGAACCAUACAUAAGAUCUGCUGAAGAUAUUGCAUUUCAUGUUGCACUUUUUAUAGCAAAAAAGGGAAGUUACAUAAACUAUUACAUGUACCAUGGUGGAACAAAUUUUGGAAGGACGUCAUCGGCUUAUGUGAUAACUAGUUACUAUGACCAAGCUCCUCUUGAUGAAUAUGGUUUACUAAGACAACCAAAAUGGGGUCAUCUUAAAAAGUUGCAUAUUGUGAUAAAGAAUUGCUUCACACCUUUACUACAAGGAGUGCAAAGUAAUUUCUCAAUAGGCCCACUUCAACAGGCUUAUGUUUAUGAAGAAGGAAUGGGAGCUUGUGUUGCAUUUCUUGUAAAUAAUGAUUCUACAAAGAAUGCUACAGUGCAAUUCCAAAACAAUUCAUUUGAAUUGUUACCCAAGUCCAUUGGCAUUCUACCAGACUGUCAAAACAUGGUUUUCAACACUGCAAAGGUGAGCACAAAGCCGAAUAAAAGAAUUACAACAUUGACCAAAAUGUUUAAUGAAGUAGAUAUGUGGAAAGAAUUCAAAGAAGACAUCCCAAACUUUUUAGAUACCUCAUUGCGUUCUAAUUCAUUGUUGGAACACAUGAAUACAACCCAAGAUAAAUCUGAUUACCUUUGGUAUACAUUCAGCUUUCAACCCAAUUCAACCUGCUCUCAACCUGUGCUUCACGUUGAGUCCCUUGGACACGUUGUGCAUGCCUAUAUCAACACCAUAUUUAUAGAAGCUGGGCAUGGAAGCCAUGAUACUAAAGGAUUUAGCAUGGACAUACCCAUUACCUUAAUUGAUGGUAUCAACAAUGUAUCCAUACUCAGUGUUAUGGUUGGAUUACCGGACUCGGGAGUUUUGGAGAGUAGAUAUGCUGGAUUGACUAAAGUUACUAUUCAAUGCUCCGAAUCUUACAUAUAUGACUUUACCAAUUAUACAUGGGGAUAUCAGAUUGGUUUGGAAGGGGAAAAGUUACAAGUAUUUAAAGAACAAAGUUUAGAGGAGGUGGAGUGGAGUGAGAUUGAUGACUCUACAAAUAAGUCACUCACUUGGUACAAGACCACGUUUGAUGCACCCAUUGGAGAUGAACCAAUUGCCUUGAACAUGAGUUCAAUGCAAAAAGGAGAAGUUUGGGUGAACGAACAAAGCAUUGGUCGCUAUUGGGUUUCAUUCCUUACUUCUAAAGGAAACCCCUCCCAAACCUUGUACCAUGUGCCUCGCUCAUUCCUCAACCCUACUGGAAAUCUAUUAGUGGUGCUUGAAGAGUUGAAUGGGGAUCCUCUUCAAAUUUCUUUAAACACCAUUUCACUUGUCAAUGUUAAUUCUCCAUUUUCAUACCAUCAUCUCCCUCAGUGAUAUAUCAUUAUCAAAGCAUAUUCCUCUAUUAAGCAAUUAAAAGUGUUUAUUUUAAUUCUAUUUCUAA